AUGACGAAUUUGAGCUUCUUGUACUAUCGCGGUGCACACAAAAUAAUUGUGGUUUAUGAUGUAACCGACCAAGAGAGCUUCAACAAUGUCAAGCAAUGGUUGAGUGAAAUAGACCGAUAUGCAAGUGAUAAUGUGAACAAACUUCUUGUUGGAAAUAAGUGUGAUCUCACAGCACAAAAGGUAGUUUCCACAGAGACAGCUCAGGCUUUUGCUGAUGAAAUUGGCAUACCUUUCAUGGAAACAAGUGCAAAAAGUGCCACUAAUGUAGAACAGGCUUUCAUGGCUAUGGCUGCUUCAAUCAAGAACAGCAUGGCAAGCCAACCGGCAAGAGCGGUUGCUGUUCAUCUUGAAAGGACGAAGCUCUGUUGCCUUGAUGAUGAUUCUGAUGUGGAGUUGUGGUGAAGCUGGCACGCAACAACACAAAGUACCACUUAACAAGCCUAGCCACAACAGACAAGAAUGGACAUCAUGAAAAAGAGAAAAAAGGAACAAAAGAUAGUGCAUGGUGCACUCACAAAACACAACUUCUUUUUAGAAUAUUUAGCAUGUGUUUGUAUUAAAAAAAAAAAAAAGAUUACCAAAAAGUAGAAUAAGAAAAUUCAACAGAGAAACCUCUUAACAGACAAAUGUAAUCAUGGAGAGUUUAUUUAUGUUAACUAUUCAGUAAGAGAUUUUUAUUUUACUUUAACUGUAUUGGCUUGGGGAACAUGGGCUAGACUUUUCUCUUGGAAUGGUCCUAAAUUAUGAAGAAGUUAAAAAAUAGAUAAAGUUUAAUUAACAUAUAUAAAUAUUAACAUAUAUAAAUAUAUAUAAUAUUUUAAAUAUGUACAUAUUUAUCGGUUCGGUUCGGUUUAGUUCGGUUUUUUUUAUGAGUAACACCAAACCAAACCAAAUGUUAUCGGUUUUUAAAAAUCUAAAACCAAACCAAACCAAACC